AUGUCCCGGCGUGAUCUAUGUAGCACCGUGCAUCUAUCGGUGACCGUUGACACAAAGGCGUUGGAGAAAAUUUGUGCCUAUCUAUGCAAUGCCGACACGACUGCUUCCAGUCGUUAUUUCGUGGGCAUUGUAGGAGAUGCGGCCGAAUUCGGCAGUUGGAAUCCGGAAAAGGGUGUUAUAUGCAAGUUUGAAAUUCAGCAGAGCAAGGGAAUCGAGGUUUGGGGUUGUAGCGUGCCCGUUGAGAAGUUUCCGCCAUUACUUCAAUUCCGAUAUUUUGUUGCCGAGUGGCGCACUUGCCCCGAAGAUGAGAAUGCACAAAGGAAAAUGGUAGUUCUUGCGUGGGAAUCACGAAUUAAACCCAGGACUUUUGAAGUUGCAAGCUUCCUGCGCAGCCGUGAUGACUACAAUUUUGCAGUCAAAUUUGGACAUUAUGAAAAUGGUGUAUAUCUCCAAAGAGGCUAUUUAAUUUCCCAUUCGGAAUUGCGAAUCAGACUAUCGGGCCUUGCUCUUAAAUUGUCUAAAAACGCUAUACCCGGGUUGUCAUCGUCAACGCGUGAUCUCACUCAGUUAUGCGGAAGACGUGUUUAUAUUGCCUGCAAACAGUCACUCGUUGAAGAAAAUGGAGUCCUUAAUGCUCUGGAGGGAGAGUCUCCAAUUUAUCCAGGACCCAGGGUACUAAAUCAGCACCUCUCUGUUAGCUCAAGUCAUCUUAUUUAUUCGUUGGAGCAAAGCAUAGCGGCCGAAGUUCGAUCCCAACUUACGGACCCGCCAGAAGCGACCGACCAGCCAUCGUUUUCGGAUUAUGCCAACCUUCCAGUGACUUCACCUUCCCUCCGAGCGCCCUACACCAACAACCUCAGCGCUUUCCAGCUACGGAAGCCGACCCCCGUGGAGUUCUCCAGUUCCCCAUUCUCUAGCAGGAACUCUACCUGCCCUCCCACACCCCGAUCACUCUCACCUUCCAUCAGUCAUUCCGGAGAGCCCCCUGUUUUCGUGUCUGUUCUUGCCAACAAACGUUGCAGGCGACAUUUAGGCGAGCACACAGGCUGUUGGGGUACCCUGUAUUCUGCCAGAGACGAUGUAACGUUCUACGUUGAGACAGACAACGCUGAAGAAGUUGGUGUGGAAUUGGAAAUCUACGUGGAAGUCCCACAAACCAAGGAAAAUAUGACUUCACCCGAAGAGUCAAAUCUUCCACCAGUCAAGUUUUUGGGCUCCGCCUUCUUCGGUCCUUUCACUGAGAAUUGGGGUCAGAAGGGUGCCCAGCUUCUGAGCCGUCGACGCACGCUAAUGGGCGACGUCCGAAUCUCGUAUAUGGUAAUAAACCCAAUUAAGGAUGGUCCGCCUCCCUCGCUACAAGUCAGCUACAAACAUUACUGGCGAACAAGGGCCGCUUUGGAGAUUGGACACCGCGGAAUGGGCUCCUAUUAUGUGCAUUCCGACGAGAAGAAGUUCGAAAAACCAGCCCAGGUUAAAGAAAAUACCCUACGUUCCUUCCAGUCAGCGGUUAAUUAUGGCGCGGACUUCGUAGAAAUGGAUGUCCAACUGACAAAGGACUUCCAAGUGGUUGUUUACCAUGAUUUUGAAACCGUAAUUACGCCGCGAAAGAAGCGUCGAGGCGAACUUCAAAACCUGUCCGUUGCAGUGAAGGAUCUCCCGUAUUCUGCUCUCCGCGAACUUCGACUCCAGCAUGCUAGUGUCCUGGAAAAACAGCAGACGUACGAAGAACUGGAUGUUGAUGAUCUUGACCCAUUCGAACUGCAAAUGUUCCCUCUCCUGCGGGACUGCCUUCAGUACGUGGAUCCAGACGUUGGCUUCGAUAUCGAAAUCAAGUAUCCACUGGAGCUCAAGAAGGGAGGCAGCGAGAUGGACAAUUUCUUCGAACGCAAUCUAUACAUUGAUACCAUACUAAAGGAGAUUUACCAAUUUGUGGGCAAUCGUCGAAUUCUCUUUUCGUGCUUCGACGCAGACACAUGUGCCAUGCUCCAAAUGAAGCAGCUUCGGUAUCCGGUCUUUCAGCUUGGCUUCGACCUCGAUUACGCAGACAUUCGACAACAAAGCUUCGAAAACCUUUGCUAUUCCGCAAAAGCGAACGAGUUGCUUGGCGUUUGCGUGAAUUGCGACGACAUUCUGCGGAAUCCCGAGAUGGCGGCUUUUGCCAGGACCCUAGGUCUUAUCCUGUUGGUGUGGGGUUCAGCCGCCAACAGUUCAGAGAACAUGCAGACCUUAAAAAACCUGGGUGUCCAUGGUGUUAUCUACGAUCGGAUGCAGGAGCACAAACUGAGCGGUACACUGAGUGCGCUGAAAGCCUCCAAGCUGCUGUCCCUUGCUGCCAAGAACGGCCUUUUGGACUCGAACUACACUUCCGAGGCCAACAGCUUGGAGGCUUCUCCCGUGGUCACUCGUCGCAACAGUGUCUCCCCAAAGACAAGCGAACAACUUCAGUCUGGCCAGUUUCUGCCUCCUCCACCUGUCGUUAAUACCGGCUUCGACUCCGAUUUCAGCGGACCCUCCACUCCCUCUCACCGACCAUCCCAGUCACUUGCAGAGCAAUUCGCUGCACUUCAUGUCGCCGUCUCGCAGCUUAAGUCUGAUCAAGCCGCCGGUAACUCUCUACCCACUCCAAAAGUCGUGACUGAUCAUGCUCAAAUCCAAUAA